AUGUCAAACAUCUCAGAAUUCUGCUUCAUGGACCACCAGGUGCUGGCAAGUCCAGCUUCAUCAACUCUGUGGACAGUGCACUACGAGGCAGGAUGGCAACUCGAGCUCUGGCAGAAACAAAUUCUGAUAAGAGCUUCACCAAGAAAUGACAAACAGAGAGACCUUCAGUAUGUGAAUGAUUAUCAGCCUCCUAAAGAGGUCCAACAUCUCAGAAUUCUGCUUCAUGGACCACCAGGUGCUGGCAAGUCCAGCUUCAUCAACUCUGUGGACAGUGUGUUACGAGGCAGAAUAGCAACUCGAGCUCUGGCAGAAACAAAUUCUGCUGAGAGCUUCACUAAAAGAUACAGGACUUAUAAAAUCCAGAAAGGGAAACCCAGGAACUUCUACCCUUUUGUCUUCAAUGACACUAUGGGUCUGGAGAAGGGCUCUAAUAGAGGAGUUAGUGUGGACGACAUCAAACUGGUCAUGAAAGGACACGUAAAAGAAGGUUACAAGUUCAACCCAACCUCCACCUUGGCUGACAGUGAUUCAGACUACAAUGACUCACCCACUCUGGAAGACCAGGUGCACAUUCUGGUUUGUGUUGUUUCUGCCACUUCACUGAGCUUACUGGAUCAAGACUCUGUGAAGAAGAUGAGGGAGGUCAGAGCAGCUGCCAGUGACUUAGGGAUUCCCCAAGUUGCUGUUGUCACUAAAAUUGAUGAUGAAUGCCCUGAGGUCAAAAAGGACAUAAAGAAUGUCUACAAGAGCAUCCACCUGAAGGAACACGCAGAAAAACUGAGUGCAUUGCUGGGCAUCCCACUGAACUGCAUCUUUCUGGUGAAGAACUACAGCUCAGAAGUCGAGACAGAUGAUGACACCGAUACACUGAUCCUGAGCAUUCUGAGAAAGAUCAUUGACUAUGGAGAUGAUUACCUGAAUGACAGAACAUCUUAAAACUACU